AUGGCAGCACAGCUGGACCCUGGUAACCUCACUGGCCUGUAUUUCUUAUGUCAACUCCCUCGCGGCUUUCUCCAUCUCGAGUGUGUAGAAAAGGGCACGCUUUGGGCCGUGCACACCGUGAAAACUUUGCCAUCCACUAAUUUCGGGCGAGUCGCAAUCGUGGGAGACCCUGCACAUGCCAAGGCUCUGGUGCUGGCCAGAGUAUCGAGGUCAGCUGAUGCUUACUUGCUCAUGACUGUUCUUGGUCACAAAUCUACGACCCUAGAAACGGUACCUAUGGCCCCUGCCAUCUACGACAAGUUGAGAAGCCCAUUCUCAUCGGAAGUGGCUCUGCGCUCUAUUCAUAGUGGAUAA